AUUGAAGCCCAAAAUACCUGCAACUUCGAUAAACCCUAGAAGAAGAAAGAGCCUUUUAGGGUUUGUCAACUUCCAUCAACCAACCGAAGCUACAAUUUGAGCAACACAGUUCAGUGAGCUCACUCUAAUCUUCGCCAUGGGUCGUAUGCACAGUCGCGGUAAGGGUAUCUCAGCGUCGGCUCUUCCUUACAAGAGAACUCCUCCAAGUUGGCUUAAGAUCUCUGCUCCAGAUGUGGAGGACAAUAUCUGCAAGUUUGCGAAAAAAGGAUUGACACCUUCACAAAUUGGUGUGAUUCUUCGUGAUUCUCAUGGAAUUGCUCAAGUCAAGAGUGUCACCGGGAGCAAGAUUUUGCGUAUCCUCAAAGCUCACGGACUUGCUCCUGAGAUCCCGGAGGAUCUAUACCACCUUAUUAAGAAGGCAGUUGCCAUCAGGAAGCAUUUGGAGAGGAACAGAAAGGACAAGGAUUCCAAGUUCCGCUUGAUUUUGGUGGAGAGUAGGAUUCACCGCCUUGCUCGUUAUUACAAGAAAACUAAGAAGCUUCCACCUGUCUGGAAAUAUGAGUCUACCACAGCAAGUACACUAGUAGCUUAAACUGAGACAUGGAUGGAUUAUUAGCUUUGAGAAGAAAGAUUGAUCAGCUAAAGUCUUCUUCUCUAUGUAUUCGAAUAGUUCUCAGGUCCAUUUUUUUUGAAUUUUGAUACUUAAUAGAUGCUUUAAUUUGGGUAUUGAUGUCAAUUUCUUUCGACUACUCGAUGAAUAUCCAGCUCUACUCAACCUUUUUCUUGUUGUUCACCUCAACAUUCCUCACUUGUUCAAUUGUUGCUAAGCCCUGGGAUGUGACGGUGGACUUAGGGCCUGUUUGGAUUGACUUUUGGCUUAAAAGCACAUAAAAUAAGUCUAUCCAAACGGACACUUUAAAAGCCACCUAUAGAUUCUUUAUGCCUAUUACCCACUUUGGAUGAUGCUUUGUAUUAUUACUAUAGCGGUUGGUUGACAUAGAGUUAAUCGAUGCUUAUUCCCUA